UCCAUUCUGCAGUCAUUGCCCAGGGAAGAAUCUGCCAAAUGUUCCUCGCUGGGAUAAUCUCACUGAUCGUGCUCCCACGAAGUCUCCUGGCUAUCUCUUGUAAUUUCGAGGUGGAUUUCUGUGAAUGGAAACAAAACGCGACAGACAAUCUCCAAUGGAUUCGAGAUAAUGGCAGUGAGCUGCUGAAAUACACCCCGAUGUAUGAUCAUACUCUCAAUGGCAAAGGGUAUUAUUUGUUUAUUCAUAAUUCGUCAGCAUCAUUUCCAAAUCACACAGCCAGACUCACAACGAUCCUCCAGACAGCCACCUCAGCCAAUCAGUGCUUUUCCUUCUGGUAUCACAUGUACGGACCGAAUAUUGGAACAUUGAGUCUUAAAGUGCAGCAGGAAGGCCAGCCUGAGGAACUCCUGUGGACAAGGACAGGGACAAAUGGAAAUAAAUGGAGACUGGCAUUUCAUACCAUCCCGCCCCAGAACAAGCACUUCCAG